UUUAGUAUAUGUUGAGAAAACAAUAACCACUAGGGAUGUCACGGAUUGAGAAAAAGUCCUUGUUUCGCGUUUCGAUCGAAAAACAGUCCGGACUUCAGGUAGUAGUAAUCUCUGGAGAAUCAGGCUCAGGCAAGACCGAAUCUACCAACUUUUUGCUUCACCACUUAACAGCAUUAAGCCAGAAAGGAACCCAAGGGCAUACAAUUGAACAACAAAUAUUGUCAGCUGGCCCUGUUUUGGAAGCCUUUGGGAAUGCCCUAACUGUUCAGAAUAAUAAUAGCAGUCGUUUUGGGAAGUUUAUUCGAGUAAAUUACCGCGAGAACGGGAUGGUGUGUGGGGCAAAUGUGGAAAUUUAUUUGCUAGAAAAAUCAAGAAUAAUUUCCCAGGCAGCGGGGGAACGUAAUUACCACGUUUUCUAUUACCUUUUGGAGGGAAUGACUGAUUCUGAGAGAAAAGACCAUUUACUCCUAAAUGCAAAAGAUUAUUACUAUCUCAAUCAAAACAGCUUUUUUGCCUGUGAAUCCUUAAAUGAAAAACAUGAAUUCGAACGGUUAAAACACUCAAUGACAGCUGUGGGGUUUUCAACUCAAUCCCAACAGAAGAUUUUUGGAACAAUUUCGGCUGUGUUAUUGCUUGGAAAUAUUGAAUAUAAAAAAUUGGUAGUUAAUUACCGUAUUUAUUCUAAUAGAAUGGCAGCCAUUCUAUUUUUCAAUACCACAAAAAAUUGUCAUUCAAUUGGAGGUGCCAUUCAAAUGGAGGCUGCCAUUCUAUUUUUCAUAGGUCAAAAAUUGAGAUUGGGAUUGUUGAGAUUGAGAUGGGUGAUUGGGAAAAUUGGCAAUUCGACCAACUUUUUUUUGGAAAAUUCGAUCUUUUAGAAUUUUAAUAGUGAAUUUUCCUCUACGUAUCACUAUAAGAUUCAAAAGUUUUUUGUCUCGGGACUAAGAGUCAAAUUUUGAUUAAGAUAGGUGCAAUACAAUCAAAAUUUCCUGCACAGUUGGGUCCUGAUUGCUUAUCAAAUCGUGGAAUUUUGGUGAAAUAUAGUGGGAUCAAGUGACAUUUGGAUGGAUAUUGGGUUUUGGAGGGUUAUCGAGAGUUUGAGGAGGAUGUUGGGUGAUUUGGCGAGAUAUAGGGAUCCAGAUUUGUUAGCUUUGAGGGAUUUGAGGAGGAUUACUUUCAAGCAUUUAAAUUGACUU